GGAAGGAAGGAGGCGCCUUUAAUUACAUCCGGGUUCAGGGGAAGCUGGGUGUCGCUCGGGAUGGCGGCCACCGUCUUGCUGAGGAGAAACAGGCCAGGCACUAAAGCCCAGGACUUCUACAACUGGCCUAAUGAGUCAUUGGAUGAGAUGGACAGCACCCUGGCUGUGCAGCAGUACAUCCAGCAGAGCAUCCGCGAUGACGCAUCGGACAUCGAGAAGAUCCUGGAACCACCGGAGGGGCAGGAUGAGGGCGUCUGGAAAUAUGAGCAUCUCCGGCAGUUUUGCUUGGAACUGAACGACUUGGCUGUGAAACUACAAAGCGAGUGCCAUUCUGACACCUGCACCCAGAUGACGGCGACAGAGCAGUGGAUCUUCCUGUGUGCCGCACACAAGACCCCGAAGGAGUGCCCUGCUAUUGACUACACGAGACACACUCUGGAUGGAGCUGCCUGCUUGCUCAACAGUAACAAGUACUUUCCCAGCAGAGUCAGCAUUAAGGAAUCCUCCGUGGCCAAGCUGGGCUCCGUCUGUCGCAGGAUUUACCGCAUCUUCUCCCACGCCUACUUCCACCACCGCCAGAUCUUCGACGAUUACGAGAAUGAGACCUUCCUGUGUCACCGAUUCACCAAGUUUGUGAUCAAGUACAACCUGAUGUCCAAGGACAACCUCAUUGUUCCCAUCCUGGAAGAGGAGGUGCAGAACACCACAGCUGGAGAGAGUGAGGCCUAAGUCCAGGGCAAUCCCACCAGCACAUCUACCCUCUUCUCUCCCCCCCCCCCCAUCUGCUAACCACCGUGAGGCCCCUGUUCACCCAUGGGGAGACCCUUUUUCAUCUCACCCAAAUCUGUGUUGUCCCCUUUCAAUAGCACAGACCCAUUAUCCCAUUUUUUUGCCUAGAUCAAUGAACAUUGAAGCAGAAUUAGACUCCCCUCUCCAUUCCACAGGGACCCCGACUCCCUCCUUGCAGCCUCAUUGUCUCCAGAGAAUGAUGUUCGAGAAAAAACUCAUCAGGUCAGGCAGCGUCUGUGGGCAGAGGACUGAUGUCCUCAGACCGGAUUCUCUCACUGCAGAUGCUGAUUGAACGACUGCCACUGUUCUUAUCCAAUCGUGUUAACAUGAGGAUUAACGUGCCAACCCGCACUCUGACACAGAGCUGAGAUGGUAAUCAGUGUAAACCCCUCCCCUCUCAGCUGAUUCACUCCCUCCCUAAUUAAUGACCAUUUUACCAGUGCUAGCCUCGCCUAGUACCUGACGUGUUCAGUUAUUUAUGUAAAGUUAUCAUUGCUCUGUUCUUUGUCUUCUCGAUGUUUUAAAAAAAAACAACAAACUGUAUUAA